GUUCACCCGAGGUAUCUCCCAAAGUGGGACGGCAAUGUCCACGUGGUCUAUCAGUAGAUCAGGGCGUCAAUAUGCCCAGACUGUAGCCAACGCCGCCGGCUGUGCUGUCAACAACAACACUGGGACUAUGGUAGGCUGUCUCAGGGUGAUAGACGGAAACACCCUGGCGAACAUCACCCGAUACGACCCGGAAAAGUCACCGUACUAUCGAGCGUUCUCUCCAGUAGUGGAUGGGAUUCUUAUACCAGACGACCCUAAGAAGUUGCGUGAUUCUUUUCCAUUCACAACAUACGACUAUAUGGUCGGGGUCGCUGAAAGCGAUGGCUUUAUGUACGUCGAGGGAAUCGAUAGCAUCUACGAUGGUAUAGACCGAAAUAGAUUUGAAAGUGUAGUCCGCAGUUUCGUUCAGGACGUUUUUCAAACUAGACUUCAAGAAAUCAUAGACGCAGUUACUUUUAGCUACACCGACUGGGGGGACAGAAACAAUGACUUGAAACGCAGGAAAAGCACAGUGGCUCUCUUCACGGAUUUCUUCUUUGUCGUUCCUGCAAUAAAAACUGUGAACUCGCAUUCGAGGAACUCCCCCACAAAGAAGACGUUCUUUUACACAUUCCAACAUCAGAGUGAGAACACGUCUGUUCCGGACUGGACUGGAGCGAUUCACGGAGAGGAACUACCGUUUGUGUUCGGGGCCCCCAUCGCCAACACCCAGCUGUUGUCCCCUGAUGGUUUGUACUCCUUCACGUCCUACUCCAAGCAAGAGGCCAUGUUGAGUGUAGCGAUCAUGACCUACUGGACAAACUUUGCAAAAACAGGAAACCCAAACACCCCUCAGGCACAGGAAACCGCUUUCCUGCACCAAAAGACAAACAGAUUUGAGGGGCUGAAAUGGCGCAGGUACCAGCGAGGCAGCCACUACUUUGCUAUCGGAAUGAAGCCAAAGGAUGACCGCUCACACUACCGUGCCGCUAAGGUAGCGUUCUGGAUGGAAUGGCUUCCCAGGAUAUCUGAACCUCGAAACUCAACCGGUGCCUUCCCUGGCGGUGAUGGCAGCUCGUUUGGUCCCUUCAGCUGCCCCACGGAAGAGUCAGUGGACAGUCGUGAUGAAUGGAAACCUCGAAAAGUCCCGUAUGACAUUCCUUCCUUCCGCAAAAAUAAGCCUACAAAGAAGCCACAUUCCAGAGAACUGAGUAUAACAAUCUCCGUCGGAAUAACGUUGUUGGUGAUCAACAUCGUGGUGUUUUCUAUGUGUUACUAUCGGAGGGACAGGAGGAAACCGUCAGCAGAAGAUAAACACACCAUGACCCUACUGAAUGGAAGUAACCGCAGUCCUCCUGUAGUAGAAGUAGUUGAAGUCGGGUCGACAGAGGUAGUCUGUCCUACAAGCGACACUGUACCAUCAGGGCUGUGCGACACUGUACCAUCAGGGCUGUGCGACACUGUACCAUCAGGGCUGUGCGACACUGUACCAUCAAGGCUGUGCGACGCUGUACCAUCAGGGCUGUGCGACGCUGUACCAUCAGGGCUGUGCGACACUGUACCAUCAGGGCUGUGCGACACUGUACCAUCAGGGCUGUGCGACACUGUACCAUCAAGGCUGUGCGACACUGUACCAUCAGGGCUGUGCGACGCUGUACCAUCAGGGCUGUGCGACACUGUACCAUCAGGGCUGUGCGACACUGUACCAUCAGGGCUGUGCGACAGUAUGAUCUCCCGGAGGAGUCAAGACAGCGGCAUCAAGUCCCCCAUUAACUCCACGGACAGCAUUGACAUUGACACGGCUGGGAGGAAUUCACUGUACUUACAAAAUUGACCUUUACCCUUGUGAAAGGGAAACAUCUAAUUCAAUAGUACAUCCAAGUCAUAUCACAUGUCUCACGACGGAACGUUCUACAAAAUCAACAUAUUCCAUGCAUAUCACUGGAGUUGAGAAUAUUACAGUUUUGAUUUAUUUUGUCCGUAGUUGGUGUAGUUGUUGCGCAAUUUUUGAAAAACAUCUGCAUUGAGCAGGUGAUACUUGAUUUUAGAAGUUGCUCAUAGACGUUGUGGACAGGAUAUCUUAUUCCAAAACCAGCCAACGCAUUACUACAAGACAGCAAUAUUUUCCAGUUAUACGAGCUACUCUUUGUACUCUAGCUCUACAGUAACAACGUUUCUGUAAACAUACAAAGGAUCCUGUUUGUAAAGCACCUUACUCUGCAGUUUUGAGGCUGGAGGAUUGGUACCAGACGACAUCUGUCGGUAUUCUUUAUAAUCAUCAUUCCUCAGACUGGCAAAAAAUGCUGAAACUUCUGAAAAGAACAAGGCCAGGUAACCGUGAAUAUGUCAUGUCUAAAUUCAAAUAUUCAUUUUCUUUAAUUUCUUAUUAUGUUCCACUAUCUGAAUAUUAAUCAGUCAUAGACGUAUGUCAUUUAAUACUUUCAGAAUGUUAAACGUCAUUUUAUAACACUUAGUGAAGAUGUGUUUGGAAACAUGGCAUGUUGUGUAGACAUUAUGACCCUACCAGUUCCCCAGUGUGACGUGACCAGAAUGUAGCUUAUAAAGUAAUGCUGACCAAUCUAUGUAGAAACAGAGACAUACUGACCGGACGGAUAGACAGGUCGAUCAUACCUGCACUAAAUGACGAUGACCUUCGCGCCUGACGUCUACGAAGGUUGAUGAUUAAUGGGUUCAGCCCACAGCUGGUUAAGUGCAAUCCACGGCUCGAGUUAUGAUAACCCCUUCCCCAAGCACACACAUACUUUCUAACGGUAAACACUUCAUGGCAAGCGCAUUCAGCGUGUUUUCUUAUUUUACUUUCAUAAACUUCAAAUCAUUUGGACCCAAAAUAAUGACGAACCUGACUUAUAUCGGACCCAAAAAUAACACAAUUGAAUCUCUUCGAGUGUAAUCACAGAAGAAUGAUAAUUAGUAAAAGAUAUGUUUCUCUCCCUAUGGUUUGGGAGUAAAACCUUUUCUAUUGGCAUUGUUUUGUAUCAAACAUUGAGCGCCUCUGAAUGUCCGUGUGCCAGAUUUUAGUACACCUUGUAUACACAGAUGCGGAAGUUGGCUGUAAUGUGAGUCCUAGUUAGCAUGUUGUAUAAUGAUAUGGUAGUUUGUGAAUCCGUCUUAUUGGUACAUGGCACCUUAGACUCAUAGAUAUAGACUUAUAAAGUAGCAAUAAAAUGUUUCCAACAGAAGAUUCUUUAACCACAGGUUGUCGGCGUCCUGAUAGCACCGUUUCUAACAUCUGUACAAUACGUUAGGAUAAGGUACGGAAUCGAAAUGUUAACCAACAACCAACGAGCCGACUCAAAUUUGCAGAGGAUAGCAAUGUUAUAACCUUUAAGCUGUAUGUGGCGUAUGACCAAAACAGUUAAUUGGAACCACGU